GAGCGUCUGGUGCUGUCGAUCCUGCCUCGCUUUGUUGCCUUGGAGAUGAUCGCUGAUAUGAGCUCUAUGGAAGAUGAGCUCAAUCCUCAGGAGUUUCACAAGAUUUACAUUCACCAGUACAAAGAUGUCAGCAUCCUUUUUGCAGACAUCAAGGGCUUCACACUGUUGUCCAUGAACCUGUCUGCCCAGGAUCUGGUCCGAACCCUCAACGAGCUCUUUGGACGCUUUGACCGACUGGCAGAGGAGCACCACUGCCUUCGGAUAAAGAUACUGGGAGACUGUUACUAUUGUGUGUCAGGUGUCCCUAAGCCACAGCGUGCUCAUGCCCGUCAUUGUGUUGAGUUGGGCCUGGCUAUGAUCAACACCAUACAAUACGUGCGGACGCAGCUGAACUUUGACAUGAAUAUGAGGAUCGGGAUCCACUCAGGUUCUGUCCUGUGUGGGGUGCUGGGCCUGCAGAAAUGGCAAUUUGACGUCUGGUCCUGGGACGUGGGCAUAGCCAACAUGCUGGAGGCCGGGGGCAUACCGGGACGCAUCCACAUCUCAAGGGCGACCCUGGACUGUCUGGAGGGCACCUACAAGACAGAAGCCGGUCACGGCCGUGACAGGAACGAGUUUCUGCUCAAACACAACAUCGACACGUUCCUCAUCUGCCAUCAGGAG